GGAGGAAGAGCAAGAACCUGUCUCUUCAUAAGUAAAUAAUCAUUAUUCAGGAUCGCCACAUGGAUUUCCCCAGUCCCCCCAGAACAUAUUGAUAAAACAAUGGUGUACAAUGUUUGAAAACAUAAAUAGUAAACGCUGUGAGAAGGCACAAGCCCAGAGCUGUGGGUCUGUAGUUAAAAUUCUGCCCAAGUGAUAAUACCAUGUGUACAUACAUAGAUAAUUUUUUGCUUUAUAAAGUGGUUUUGCAUUGAGACACUGAUUUCUCUUAGACCUUCUUUCCUAAUAGAUAGGCCAGUGGCUCAUGUGCUAUGCUUGGCUAGAAGGCAGCUCAUUUAACAACUGCUCAGCCAAGCAAGGGAAGCUCUGCUGCAGGUCCAGGAGGCCCCCAAGCCAAAACUAGCAGAAGGAGGUGGUGCCCAUUUUCACGGGGCUGGUGGAUGUUGAGGUGGAGUCAGUUGUUUUCGCUGUAAUUCCCUUGGAGAAAGGGCAUUCCUACCACGAAGCCAUCAGAUCUGGGAGGGCUGAAUUAAACGGUCCAAGGAAACUGAAAAGUUCCAGCCCCUCAUUUAUAAGUGGGGAAAGUGAGGCCUGGGAAGCUGGUGACCACCCCCAACUCCCUCUCCUUCCCCUGAUGCAGUGGCAGACACAUUCUCCUCUGGCUGCGGUGGAGUAAGACCCACAGCUGUCACCAGGGUCGGAGCUGGGAAAUCACCGCCGAGGAAAUGCAUCAGAAGUGCUGCAGGUGGCUCCAGAGGUGCCAGCAGCCUCCAGGAAGGAUAGGCCCAAGCAGGCACGUGAAACGGGAGGGUGAGGUGAUCAGUAGCGGCCUGUGUGGAGAUGUCAUUCACAUGCAAUUUGCAUUAGUUCCUGUACUUCUGUGCUGUCUGUCCUCAGAUGUCCAUGCUGGCCUUUUCUGUGCAACUAGCAGCUGAAAUGAGAGGGAAGAGGGAAGUGAAUGCCCAGUGAUAAGAGGAAAGAGAAAUCAAUUUCACCAAUCCAGAUCCCCAGUGAUUUUUUAUCCCAUGGGGUGACAUGUUCCCCUGACUGGCUACUUUAGCACAAACUAUGGCUACCCUCAGAAUGGCCUUUUCUUUAGCAUUCUUCUUUAUUUGCCCCAAAAGCUUCUUAUCUUUAGCUUCUGUCCCACCUCUCUUCCAGGAUGAUAGAAGAACAAGGAAAGUAGACUUUUUAGGUGGGCAGGGCUCAGGGGGUGGUUGUGGGACAGGGACAGUGUGAGGUCAGAGGCAUCAGAAACCAUCCUGCUGAGAUUGGCUACCCCACCUCAUACAGAGUAUCCCAGGUUAAGUCAAACAGUGCAUGCACGUUGAACCAGAGCGACUUCAGGGCAUCCACCAACCCAAGGUGGCUUCCGGUCCGAGUGGGGUCCAUUCGCAUGAGGAGUGCACAGCAGAGGACAUGGGCUGUGCGCUCAGAGGAGGAGGUGGCUGUCCCUGGAGGAUGUCCCGCUGAGUAAGUAGGUGAGUCCUGCUGCAGAAGGAGCCUCUGCUUCUGCCAUGUGCCUUGCACUUCAGCCGUAGCAGGCUAUGGUCCCCCUCAGUGUGGACUUUCCUCCUGUUGCAAGAGGGAGGCCUGGUGGGACUCUGAAACCUGGCCUGAGCCCCUCAUCUCAGUGGCCAAAACCCCCCAGGCCUGAAGCUGUGGUGACACUCUGGACCACCAUGUGGGUCCUGGGCAUUGUGACCUCAGCUGUUCUGUACACAAAGGGGUGGUCACCCUGCCCUCACCUUGACCUGUAUGUUGCCUAGGACAGUGGCCUGGUCCCGGGGGCUAUUGUGGGGAGUUGAAGAACACCCAGGCCUCCUCCAUCAUGUCGGCCAAGAGGGCAGAACUGAAGAAAACACAUCUGAGCAAGAACUACAAGGCAGUUUGCCUGGAAUUGAAGCCAGAGCCAACCAAAACAUUUGAUUACAAAGCAGUUAAACAAGAAGGGCGGUUUACCAAAGCAGGAGUGACACAGGACCUAAAGAAUGAACUCAGGGAAGUGAGAGAAGAGCUCAAGGAGAAAAUGGAGGAGAUAAAACAGAUAAAGGAUCUAAUGGACAAGGAUUUUGAUAAACUUCAUGAAUUUGUGGAAAUUAUGAAGGAAAUGCAGAAAGAUAUGGAUGAGAAGAUGGACAUUUUAAUAAAUACACAGAAGAACUAUAAGCUCCCCCUUAGAAGAGCACCAAAGGAACAGCAGGAACUCAGGCUGAUGGGAAAGACUCACAGAGAACCACAGCUCAGGCCCAAGAAAAUGGAUGGAGCCGGUGGAGCCAAUGGAGCACCCUGUGCUCUUCACAAGAAGACGAUGGCACCACAAAAAAAACAGGGCUCACUGGAUCCCCUUCAUGAGUGCGGGCCCUGCUGUGAGAAAUGUUUGUUGUGUGCUCUAAAGAACAACGACAAUCAGGGGUAUAUACACAGCAGUGGGACUGCUGGAUCUAUGGUAGCUCAAUUUUUAGUUUUUUGAGGAACAACCCCCAAACUGUUCUCCAUAGUGGCCGUACAUUCCCACCCACAGUGGACAAGUAUUCCCUUUUCUCCAGGUCAAGUUCUUAGUGGCUGCAAAUUGAUGAGCAAUGUAUUUGGUGCUUCAAAUAAACAUUUAAAAAACAAAACUCAAAACACAUGUAGGCCUUGUUUACAAGGAGCUUAUAGCUUUAAAGGUGAGAUGGCAAACAUGCAGAAUAACAAUAUGGACAGUGUAGAAAUAAGUACAAUAAUCAUAAGCAUGUGAUGAAAGCAGAAAUGGAUCAGAAAUGGGGAAAAGGAGAAGGGUGGGCAGAGCUCUGUAUUAGUUCCCUAUUGCUGCUGUCACAGAUCACCACAAAUUUAAUGGCUUCAGACAACAAGAAAUGGGCCUAACAUGGAUAUUAGGCUCAAAUCAAGGUGACAGCACAACGGCAUUCCUUCUGGAAGCUCUAGGGGAAAAUCUGCUCCUGGCCUUUCCUGGCUUCUGGAGGCCACCUGCCUUCCUUGGCUGAUGGUCCCUCCCAUCUUCAAGGCCAACAAUGGCCAUGGGAUCUUUCUCGUGCCUCAUCACUCUGACACUGACUCUUCUGCCUCUUGCUUCCACGUUUAAGGACUCUUGUGAUUACACUGAGCCCACCUGGAUAAUCUGAACUAAUCUUUUUAUUUUAAGGUUAACCAAUUAGCAACCCUAAUUCCCUUUGGCCAUGUAACAUAACAUAUUCACAGGUUCAGGGACUUAGAACAUGGACAUCUUUGCAGGAUGUUACUCUGCCCAUCAAAGGGGACUUCCCAGACCCUGUCCCUUGACUAUCAAGCCUCCAAACACUUGGGAACACUGCACUAUUCAGUUCUGUGCUGUGGUGGUUUUAAACUAGGCCCACAAAUUAUUUAAUACUGCUUUUAUACUCUUUCCUUCAAGAGGAACUCAAUUCCUCUCCUCUUAACUGUGGGCUAGACAGAGCAACUUGCUUCUAAUGAAUGGAACGUGGCAGAAGUGAUGUGUAUUACUUCUGAGGUUAAGUCAUAGAAGACAUGGUAGUUUCCAUCUUGCUCUCUCUUGGACACUCAUUCUGGGUGAAGCUGGCUGCCAUGUUGUAAGGACGCCCAAGCAAUCCUGUGAAGAAGGCUACAUGGCAAGAAAUUGAGGCCGCCUGCCAAUAGCCAUUUGAGUGAGCCAUUUGACUUGGAAGUGAAUCCUCCAGCCCCAGUAGAGCCUUCAGAUGAUGGCAACCCUGGCUAACCUCUUGCCUGCAACUGCCUGAGAAGAUCCUGAGCCAGAACCGCUCAGUUAAGCUUCUCCUGGACACCUGGCCUGCAGCAGUUGUGAAAUAAUAAAUGCUUGUUGUUUUUAAG